AUGACUGAAGCUUUACCCCUUUCGUUUAUGAUACUAAUAGAUCCACAACGUGAAGGCAACUCUGAAAGUUUGUAUUGCAAAACAUUCUCUUUCCAAUUAGUAACACCUGCCUUAGAGGAAGAAAUAGAUUGA